AUGCCUACUAAGCACGUGUCUGUCGCAGAUUUUAAACGUCAUCUUUAGUAUCGUUUAUGUCGCUGAUUUUGUGCAAGUUGUGAUUUUGUAGUAGUUAGCCGUAUUUCUUUCAUGGCCAAUGGAUAUAAUGAAGCGCUUUUCACCCGUGGAACUGGGCACAGCGACGAAUCCGAUGUCUGGGAUGACACUGCUUUGAUAAAAGCAUACGAUAAGGCUGUAGUUUCCUUUAAGAAUGCCUUGAAGGGUGAUGAGAAUGUAGAGUCGCCUCAAGAAAGCCUACCUGGAAAGAAACAGAAAAACAGCAAAAAGAAGAAAAGCAAAAAAAAGAGCAAUACCUCCCAAGAAAAAGAGUGGAGGCUUGGGGACACUUGUUGUGCUGUUUGGUCUGAAGAUGGCCAGGUAUACCCGGCCAGCAUUGCUUCAAUUGACCAGGAGAAAGGGACCUGCGUUGUGGUGUACACCAGUUAUGGGAAUGAAGAGGAGCAGGAACUGGACAACCUUCUCUCCGAUUUCUCUGAAGAGAGUAGAGUGCCCGGAAAAGCACAGGUAAAAGAGGAUGCCUUUUCAACCGACGAGAGUGACCAGUCCUCUAACCCGCUCCCACCCAAACAUCAGCACAAAUCUAAAUCCAAAUCUGCUCCUCUCCCGCCUGUGUGGGGCUUCCCCCCUCACCCUCCUCCUGGGCCUGGCUUCAGAAUGGCUGAACCAAGAUCUGGAGGUGCUGGACCAGCAUUCCCUGGUUGGCCUCCCAUGGUUCCACCCGGAGGACCUCCGAUGAUCCCUCCCCCGCCUCCCUUCGGCCCAGACUCUCUGGAGGAUGGUGAAGCUCUGGGUAGCAUGCUGAUUGCCUGGUAUAUGAGUGGCUACCAUACAGGCUAUUAUCAGGGUCUGAAGCAGGCUCGUAAGGAGGCUGCGUCAGGAAAGACUCCCAAGAACGCCCACCGCUAAGAGUCCCUGGAGACUCACCUUCGCAAGUGUGUCUCCUGGGGAGAACUACGGUUGGUGGAAUGAAUGUGUGAAUGAACACCUUUUCAAAACAGCUUUUUUUAUAUAUAGCAAUUGUUUUGCAUUUGUUGUAAAUAAAAUAGUCAAAUGAAAA